AUGUGUUGUUUUUCCGUAGAUGCGUUAGGGAUCGGUCUUGCAAAUACGCACACGGAAAGCAUUAAGAAAUGGGCGUAUUUUCUCGUGGUAUGCUGGUAUGAAUCGGUGCAGAAAUUUGCUAGCAGUAAGCGACCGAUAAUGUGUUGUUUUUCCGUAGAUGCGCCGAGGAUCGGUCUGGCAAAUACGCACACGGAAAUCAUUAGGAAAUGUCCGUAUUUUUUCGUAGUAUGGUGGCAUAAAUCGGUGCAGGAAUCUGCUAGCAAUAAGCAACCGAUGAUGUGUGUUUUUUUCGUAGAUGCGUUGGGGAUCGGUCUGGCAAAUGCGCACACGGAAAGCAUUAGGAAAUGGGCGUAUUUUCUCGUGGUAUGCUGGUAUGAAUCGGUGCAGGAAUUUGCUAGCAGUAAGCGACCGAUAAUGUGUUGUUUUUUCGUAGAUGCGUUAGGGAUCGGUCUUGCAAAUACGCACACGGAAAGCAUUAGGAAAUGGGCGUAUUUUCUCGUGGUAUGCUGGCAUAAAUCGGUGCAGGAAUUUGCUAGCAGUAAGCGACCGAUAAUGUGUUGUUUUUCCGUAGAUGCGUUAGGGAUCGGUCUUGCAAAUACGCACACGGAAAGCAUUAAGAAAUGGGCGUAUUUUCUCGUGGUAUGCUGGUAUGAAUCGGUGCAGAAAUUUGCUAGCAGUAAGCGACCGAUAAUGUGUUGUUUUUCCGUAGAUGCGUUGGGGAUCGGUCUUGCAAAUACGCACACGGAAAGCAUUAGGAAAUGGGCGUAUUUUCUCGUGAUAUGCUGGCAUAAAUCGGUGCAGGAAUUUGCUAGCAGUAAGCGUCCGAUAAUGUGUUGUUUUUCCGUAGAUGCGUUAGGGAUCGGUCUUGCAAAUACGCACACGGAAAGCAUUAGGAAAUGGGCGUAUUUUCUCGUGGUAUGCUGGCAUAAAUCGGUGCAGGAAUUUGCUAGCAGUAAGCGACCGAUAAUGUGUUGUUUUUUCGUACAUGCGUUGGGGAUCGGUCAGGCAAAUACGCACACGGAAAGCAUUAGAAAAUGGGCGUAUUUUCUCGUGGUAUGCUGGUAUGGAUCGGUGCAGGAAUUUGCUAGCAGUAAGCGACCGAUAAUGUUUUGUUUUUCCGUAGAUGCGUCGGGGAUCGGUCAUUCAAAUACUUACACAGGAAGCAUUAGGAAAUGGGCGUAUUUUCUCGUGGUAUGCUGGCAUAAAUCGGUGCAGGAAUUUGCUAGCAGUAAGCGACCGAUAAUGUGUUGUUUUUUCGUAGAUGCUUUGGGGAUCGGUCUUGCAAAUACGCACACGGAAAGCAUUAAUAAAUGGGCGUAUUUUCUCGUGGUAUGCUGGUAUGGAUCGGUGCAGAAAUUUGCUAGCAGUAAGCGACCGAUAAUGUGUUGUUUUUUCGUAGAUGCUUUGGGGAUCGGUCAGGCAAAUACUUACACAGGAAGCAUUAGGAAAUGGGCGUAUUUUCUCGUGGUAUGCUGGUAUGGAUCGGUGCAGGAAUUUGCUAGCAGUAAGCGACCGAUAAUGUUUUGUAUUUCCGUAGAUGCGUUGGGGUUCGGUCAGGUAAAUACUUACACAGGAAGCAUUAGGAAAUGGGCGUAUUUUCUCGUGGUAUGCUGGCAUAAAUCGGUGCAGGAAUUUGCUAGCAGUAAGCUACCGAUAAUGUGUUGUUUUUUCGUACAUGCGUUGGGGAUCGGUCUUGCAAAUACGCACACGGAAAGCAUUAAGAAAUGGGCGUAUUUUCUCGUGGUAUGCUGGCAUAAAUCGGUGCAGGAAUUUGCUAGCAGUAAGCGUCCGAUAAUGUGUUGUUUUUCCGUAGAUGCUUUGGGGAUCGGUCUUGCAAAUACGCACACGGAAAGCAUUAGAAAAUGGGCGUAUUUUCUCGUGGUAUGCUGGCAUAAAUCGGUGCAGGAAUUUGCUAGCAGUAAGCGACCGAUAAUGUGUUGUUUUUCCGUAGAUGCUUUGGGGAUCGGUCUUGCAAAUACGCACACGGAAAGCAUUAGAAAAUGGGCGUAUUUUCUCGUGGUAUGCUGGCAUAAAUCGGUGCAGGAAUUUGCUAGCAGUAAGCGACCGAUAAUGUGUUGUUUUUCCGUAGAUGCUUUGGGGAUCGGUCUUGCAAAUACGCACACGGAAAGCAUUAGAAAAUGGGCGUAUUUUCUCGUGGUAUGCUGGCAUAAAUCGGUGCAGGAAUUUGCUAGCAGUAAGCGUCCGAUAAUGUGUUGUUUUUCCGUAGAUGCGUUGGGGAUCGGUCAGGCAAAUACUUACACGGGAAGCAUUAGGAAAUGGGCGUAUUUUAUCGUGGUAUGCUAGCAUAAAUCGGUGCAGGAAUUUGCUAGCAGUAAGCGACCGAUAAUGUGUUGUUUUUUCGUAGAUGCUUUGGGGAUCGGUCAGGCAAAUACGCACACGGAAAGCAUUAGAAAAUGGGCGUAUUUUCUCGUGGUAUGCUGGCAUAAAUCGGUGCAGGAAUUUGCUAGCAGUAAGCGACCGAUAAUGUGUUGUUUUUCCGUAGAUGCGUUGGGGAUCGGUCUGGCAAAAUCGCACACGGAAAGCAUUAGGAAAUGGGCGUAUUUUCUCGUGGUAUGCUGGCAUAAAUCGGUGCAGGAAUUUGCUAGCAGUAAGCGACCGAUAAUGUGUUGUUUUUUCGUACAUGCGUUGGGGAUCGGUCUUGCAAAUACGCACACGGAAAGCAUUAGGAAAUGGGCGUAUUUUCUUGUGGUAUGCUGGCAUAAAUCGGGGCAGGAAUUUGCUAGCAGUAAGCGUCCGAUAAUGUGUUGUUUUUCCGUAGAUGCUUUGGGGAUCGGUCUGGCAAAUACUUACACGGGAAGCAUUAGGAAAUGGGCGUAUUUUCUCGUGGUAUGCUGGCAUAAAUCGGUGCAGGAAUUUGCUAGCAGUAAGCGACCGAUAAUGUGUUGUUUUUCCGUAGAUGCUUUUGGGAUCGGUGUUGCAAAUACGCACACGGAAAGCAUUAGGAAAUAAGCGUAUUUUCUCGUGGUAUGCUGGUAUGGAUCGGUGCAGGAAUUUGCUAGCAGUAAGCGUCCGAUAAUGUGUUGUUUUUCCGUAGAUGCGUUGGGGAUCGGUCUGGCAAAUACGCACACGGAAAGCAUUAAGAAAUGGGCGUAUUUUCUCGUGGUAUGCUGGGAUGGAUCGGUGCAGAAAUUUGCUAGCAGUAAGCGACCGAUAAUGUGUUGUUUUUCCGUAGAUGCGUUGGGGAUCGGUCUUGCAAAUACGCACACGGAAAGCAUUAGAAAAUGGGCGUAUUUUCUCGUGGUAUGCUGGCAUAAACCGGUGCAGGAAUUUGCUAGCAGUAAGCGACCGAUAAUGUGUUGUUUUUCCGUAGAUGCGUUGGGGAUCGGUCAGGCAAAUACUUACACGGGAAGCAUUAGGAAAUGGGCGUAUUUUCUCGUGGUAUGCUGGCAUAAAUCGGUGCAGGAAUUUGCUAGCAGUAAGCGUCCGAUAAUGUGUUGUUUUUUCGUCGAUGCGUUGGGGAUCGAUCUGGCAAAUACGCACACGGGAAGCAUUAGGAAAUGGGCGUAUUUUCUCGUGGUAUGCUGGCAUAAAUCGGUGCAGGAAUUUGCUAGCAGUAAGCGACCGAUAAUGUGUUGUUUUUCCGUACAUGCGUUGGGGAUCGGUCUUGCAAAUACGCACACGGAAAGCAUUAAGAAAUGGGCGUAUUUUCUCGUGCUAUGCUGGUAUGAAUCGGUGCAGAAAUUUGCUAGCAGUAAGCGUCCGAUAAUGUGUUGUUUUUUCGUACAUGCGUUGGGGAUCGGUCUUGCAAAUACGCACACGGAAAGCAUUAGGAAAUGGGCGUAUUUUCUCGUGGUAUGCUGGUAUGAAUCGGUGCAGAAAUUUGCUAGCAGUAAGCGACCGAUAAUGUGUUGUUUUUCCGUAGAUGCGUUAGGGAUCGGUCUUGCAAAUACGCACACGGAAAGCAUUAGAAAAUGGGCGUAUUUUCUCGUGGUAUGCUGGUAUGGAUCGGUGCAGGAAUUUGCUAGCAGUACGCGACCGAUAAUGAGUUGUUUUUCCGUAGAUGCGUUAGGGAUCGGUCUUGCAAAUACGCACACGGAAAGCAUUAGAAAAUGGGCGUAUUUUCUCGUGGUAUGCUGGCAUAAAUCGGUGCAGUAAUUUGCUAGCAGUAAGCGACCGAUAAUGUGCUGUUUUUCCGUAGAUGCGUUAGGGAUCGGUCUUGCAAAUACGCACACGGAAAGCAUUAAGAAAUGGGCGUAUUUUCUCGUGGUAUGCUGGUAUGAAUCGGUGCAGAAAUUUGCUAGCAGUAAGCGACCAAUAAUGUGUUGUUUUUUUUCCUAGAUGCGUUGGGGAUCGGUCUUGCAAAUACGCACACGGAAAGCAUUAGGAAAUGGGCGUAUUUUCUCGUGGUAUGCUGGUAUGGAUUGGUGCAGAAAUUUGCUAGCAGUAAGCGACCGAUAAUGUGUUGUUUUUCCGUAGAUGCGCCGAGGAUCGGUCAGGCAAAUACGCACACGGAAAUCAUUAGGAAAUGGGCGUAUUUUUUCAUAGUAUGGUGGCAUAAAUCGGUGCAGGAAUCUGCUAGCGAUAAGCAACCGAUGAUAUGUGUUUUUUUCGUAGAUGCGUUGGGGAUCGGUCUGGCAAAUACGCACACGGAAAGCAUUAGGAAAUGGGCGUAUUUUCUCGUGGUAUGCUGGUAUGGAUCGGUGCAGAAAUUUGCUAGCAGUAAGCGUCCGAUAAUGUGUUGUUUUUCCGUAGAUGCUUUGGGGAUCGGUCUUGCAAAUACGCACACGGAAAGCAUUAGAAAAUGGGCGUAUUUUCUCGUGGUAUGCUGGCAUAAAUCGGUGCAGGAAUUUACUAGCAGUAAGCGACCGAUAAUGUGUUGUUUUUCCGUAGAUGCGUUGGGGAUCGGUCAGGCAAAUACUUACACGGGAAGCAUUAGGAAAUGGGCGUAUUUUCUCGUGGUAUGCUGGCAUAAAUCGGUGCAGGAAUUUGCUAGCAGUAAGCGUCCGAUAAUGUGUUGUUUUUUCGUUGAUGCGUUGGGGAUCUUUCUGGCAAAUACGCACACGGGAAGCAUUAGGAAAUGGGCGUAUUUUCUCGUGGUAUGCUGGCAUAAAUCGGUGCAGGAAUUUGCUAGCAGUAAGCGACCGAUAAUGUGUUGUUUUUCCGUACAUGCGUUGGGGAUCGGUCUUGCAAAUACGCACACGGAAAGCAUUAAGAAAUGGGCGUAUUUUCUCGUGCUAUGCUGGUAUGAAUCGGUGCAGAAAUUUGCUAGCAGUAAGCGUCCGAUAAUGUGUUGUUUUUUCGUACAUGCGUUGGGGAUCGGUCUUGCAAAUACGCACACGGAAAGCAUUAGGAAAUGGGCGUAUUUUCUCGUGGUAUGCUGGUAUGAAUCGGUGCAGAAAUUUGCUAGCAGUAAGCGACCGAUAAUGUGUUGUUUUUCCGUAGAUGCGUUGGGGAUCGGUCUUGCAAAUACGCACACGGAAAGCAUUAGAAAAUGGGCGUAUUUUCUCGUGGUAUGCUGGUAUGGAUCGGUGCAGGAAUUUGCUAGCAGUACGCGACCGAUAAUGAGUUGUUUUUCCGUAGAUGCGUUAGGGAUCGGUCUUGCAAAUACGCACACGGAAAGCAUUAGAAAAUGGGCGUAUUUUCUCGUGGUAUGCUGGCAUAAAUCGGUGCAGAAAUUUGCUAGCAGUAAGCGACCGAUAAUGUGCUGUUUUUUCGUAGAUGCGUUAGGGAUCGGUCUUGCAAAUACGCACACGGAAAGCAUUAAGAAAUGGGCGUAUUUUCUCGUGGUAUGCUGGUAUGAAUCGGUGCAGAAAUUUGCUAGCAGUAAGCGACCAAUAAUGUGUUGUUUUUUUUCCUAGAUGCGUUACGGAUCGGUCUUGCAAAUACGCACACGGAAAGCAUUAGGAAAUGGGCGUAUUUUCUCGUGGUAUGCUGGUAUGGAUUGGUGCAGAAAUUUGCUAGCAGUAAGCGACCGAUAAUGUGUUGUUUUUCCGUAGAUGCGCCGAGGAUCGGUCAGGCAAAUACGCACACGGAAAUCAUUAGGAAAUGUCCGUAUUUUUUCAUAGUAUGGUGGCAUAAAUCGGUGCAGGAAUCUGCUAGCGAUAAGCAACCGAUGAUAUGUUUUUUUUUCGUAGAUGCGUUGGGGAUCGGUCUGGCAAAUACGCACACGGAAAGCAUUAGGAAAUGGGCGUAUUUUCUCGUGGUAUGCUGGUAUGGAUCGGUGCAGAAAUUUGCUAGCAGUAAGCGUCCGAUAAUGUGUUGUUUUUCCGUAGAUGCUUUGGGGAUCGGUCUUGCAAAUACGCACACGGAAAGCAUUAGAAAAUGGGCGUAUUUUCUCGUGGUAUGCUGGCAUAAAUCGGUGCAGGAAUUUACUAGCAGUAAGCGACCGAUAAUGUGUUGUUUUUCCGUAGAUGCGUUGGGGAUCGGUCAGGCAAAUACUUACACAGGAAGCAUUAGGAAAUGGGCGUAUUUUCUCGUGGUAUGCUGGCAUAAAUCGGUGCAGGAAUUUGUUAGCAGUAAGCGACCGAUAAUGUGUUGUUUUUCCGUAGAUGCGUUGGGGAUCGGUCUUGCAAAUACGCACACGGAAAGCAUUAAGAAAUGGGCGUAUUUUCUCGUGGUAUGCUGGAUCGGUGCAGAAAUUUGCUAGCAGUAAGCGACCGAUAAUGUGUUGUUUUUCCGUAGAUGCGUUGGGGAUCGGUCUUGCAACUACGCACACGGAAAGCAUUAGGAAAUGGGCGUAUUUUCUCGUGAUAUGCUGGCAUAAAUCGGUGCAGGAAUUUGCUAGCAGUAAGCGUCCGAUAAUGUGUUGUUUUUCCGUAGAUGCGUUAGGGAUCGGUCUUGCAAAUACGCACACGGAAAGCAUUAGGAAAUGGGCGUAUUUUCUCGUGGUAUGCUGGCAUAAAUCGGUGCAGGAAUCGGCUAGCAGUAAGCGGCUGUUAACGAGUUCUUCUGCUUCUCUUUUUGUAACUACUUUUUCAUGAGUGCCGUGCUAAGCCAAAAUUAUUGGGCGUAUCGUAUAAAGCGUAUUAUUUGUUUGUGUUUCGGGCGCAUACGCCUGCGCACUCUUGCUAACGAUUGGUAACGGUCACCACAAUUAAAAGCAAAGCUAAUAAAAUUAAAUUAAAUGAAAGAACACUGAAAUAAAUUUUAGCGAAUAUAAUAAAAUACAAUUAAUUUUAUUGAGUUUGCUGAAAUAGAAUGUUUUUAAAUUUAAUUUCAUGUAAUAUUAUUUGCGUUAUUUCAAUUUGCUUGAAAUUAAUUGAAUUAAAUAUUGUUUGCUAUAUUGAUUUGACACAGAUGUCACUCGACACAGAUGUCAUUCGACACUGAUGUCACUCGAACAUCCUGUUGCUUUGUAGGUGAAACCGCAUAUCAAGGAUAAGAAAACGAUAGCCGCAUGAUGUAAAUUGCGAAGCUGAACGUGUGCGCUCAUUGUGUGAUCGAUUUGGCUCGACAGCGCAUUGUGAAGAACGGUGGCAAAUUCUGAACCGUUUCCUGUACCGUCCUAAACAAGGAAUGCAACAACCUCGUCAUGCGUCGUCUGUUCAUAAGCCGAAUGAACCAUUGCUGUUGUUACUCAAUCAACGUGUUAGACUAUUGGUGAAGCUGGCCGUCCGGGAUGAAAAAUCGAUAGCUGUUGUGAUCGGCCUGGUUACCAACUAUGUACACAUGCUGUAAAUUGCGAAGCUGACCGUGUGCGCUCAUCGUGUGAUCGAUUUGGCUCGACAGCGCAUUCUGAAAAACGUUGGCAAAACCUACACGUUUGAUUAGUUCUCCCUGAUCUUUCAGACAAGCAGAACUCCGUGUUUUUUUAAAGAAAUGUUUUAUCUUUUGGGGUUUGUUUACAUUAUUAAAAAGUUCCUCGCCUAGA